AUGGCAACACACGACUCCCAACCCGAUCCAUCCGCUGGUCCAUCCGCCGGUCCAUCCGCCGGACCGGCCCCGCCACCCAGCCAACAAGCCCCCGGCGCACCCGCCCCAGUAGCAAUAGUAGGCAUGUCCUGCCGCUUGCCAGGAGACGUCUCAACACCAGGCGAAUUCUACCGAAUGAUGUGUCGCGGUAGAUCAGGCUGGUCCAAGAUUCCCAAAGACCGGUUCAACCAGGAAGCGUAUAACCACCCGAAUCCGGACAAAAAGGGGACGUUCAACUCGCAGGGCGGGUACUUUAUCAAGCAGGACUUGAGCGGGUUCGACGCGGCGUUUUUCGAUGUCACGAGGCGGGAGGCUGAGGCUAUGGACCCAGCCCAACGCCUCCUAAUGGAAUGUACCUACGAAGCGCUCGAAAACGGUGGAAUCCCGCGUGAGCGCAUCGCCGGCACCCGCACGGGCGUCUUCAUCGGCGGCAACUACGGCGAGCACCGAAUGUCGCACAUGCGGGACCUCGACACCAUGCCCUCCUUCGACGCCACGGGUAACCAGCCGGCUUUCCUGUCGGGGCGAUUAGCCUAUUACUUCAACCUGCACGGCCCGACCUUCACCGUCGACACGGCCUGUUCGUCCUCUUUGCACGCUCUGCAUCUUGCCGUCCAGUCCAUCCGCAACGGCGACUCCGAGGCGGCAGUCGUGGGCGCGAGCAACAUUAUCACUCAGCCGGAUGUGUGGGUGUCCAUGUCCAUGCUUCGGUUGUUCUCCGACGCGGGAAAGACGUACGCCUUUGAUCAAAGAGCCAAGUCUGGCUAUGCACGCGGAGAGGGCUGUGCGGUGAUCGUUUUGAAGCCAGUCGCGCAGGCGCUCAAAGACAACGACCACAUUUUUUCUGUGAUUACCCACAGCGGCAUCUCGCACAAUGGGCGCACGGUGGGUAUCGUCGCGCCUUCGCCGGACGAACAGGAACAGCUGUUGCGGGACGUCUUCACAGCCGCCAAGAUCAACCCCCGCGAAGUCGGUUUUUUCGAAGCCCACGGCACGGGAACCAAGAAGGGCGAUCCAAUUGAAGCCACAGCCAUAUAUAACGCCGUCGGUAAGCAUUUCACCAAGGAUGAACCGCUGUAUAUCGGCAGCAGCAAGCCGAAUGUUGGACAUCUCGAGUGCGCGAGCGGCCUGGUGUCGGUUAUCAAGGGGGUGCUGUCGCUUUAUUACGGGUUCAUCCUCCCCAACGCGGAUUUCGACAAGGAAAACCCCGAGAUUCCUUUCCAGAAAUGGAACAUGGUGGUCGCCAAACAGCAGAAGCCAUGGCCGACCAACAAGAAAUAUGCAUGUGUCAAUAACUUUGGGUUUUCCGGAAGUAAUUCGACGUGUAUCUUGUCCAGGCCACCAGUCCAUCGCAAAAUCGAGCUGGGCGAGCACGGCGCGUACACCACUCCGAGACUCUUCGUGCUGUCGGCCAACGACGAGCAGGCUCUGAGGACAAGUAUCAAGGAAUUAGGUAUCUGGCUGGAGCAGCAUGCCGAACUGUACCAGACCACCAUGCCGCGGAAUCUGGCGUAUACGCUCUGCCAGCGAAGGUCGCAUUUCCCAUGGAGGGUAUCGGUCGUCGAGACGAUUUGUUCCGGUCUUGCGGGAUCGCUAAAUGGACACGAUCUGACUCCCAUGCGCGCUUCAUCGGAACAGCCCCGUCUGGCAUUCAUCUUCACCGGCCAAGGAGCGCAAUGGUAUGCCAUGGGCCGCGAGCUCUUGCAGACUCAUCCCGUUUACCUCGACUCCAUCAAGCGUGCCGAUGAAGCUUUGCGAAAGGUGGGUGCCGAGUUCUCCAUUUACGAAGAACUCACGCGGGACAAGGAGACGACCAAAGUAGGACAGGCGCACGUCUCCCAGCCCAUCUGCUCCGCUGUGCAGUUGGCGUUGGUAGACCUGCUGGACUCGUUCGGCAUCAAGCCCGGCGCUGUCACCGGCCACUCCUCCGGCGAGAUCGGUGCCGCGUACGCAGCUGGCGCGCUAAGCUUCGAGGGAGCCAUGGAGGCCGCCUACUACCGCGGCCAAAUGAUUGUCGAGUUGAAGAAGGCGCACCCCGAGCUCAAAGGCUCCAUGCUUGCCGUGGGCUCAGGUGCCGUAGACUGCGAGCCUCUUCUCCAGCAGAUCAACACCUCGGAGUCCAAAGCGGUAGUGGCCUGCGAAAACUCGCCUUCGUCCACCACCAUCUCGGGUGACGAAGCCGCCAUCGACCGGGUUGCCGAGCUGUUCCAAAAGAAGGGCACCUUCAACCGCAAGCUCUUCGUCGACGUCGCCUACCACUCCCCGCACAUGGCCUUGAUCGCCGAAAAAUACCUCCAAGCCGUCUCGCACAUCCAGCCGCCUGAUUCGCGCGCCUCUUCGACCGUGGAGUUUUACUCGUCCUUGCACGCCCGCCGCCUAUCCUCCCUCUCGGAGUUGGGGCCGUCUUACUGGGUCAACAACCUCACGCAGCCCGUCCGCUUUUCCACAGCGCUGCAACACCUCAUCUCCGGCUUCCGGCCCGAUAUCCUGCUCGAAGUCGGUCCCCAUGCGGCGUUGAAAGGACCGAUCAUGCAAACCAUCAAGCACCUCUCUUCUCCUUCCCGCGACACUUCUCCUUCUACCUCCAAGCCAUCCUCCGGGACUUCUUCCCCAAACGCUGCCAACGUAGCUGCAACAGCCACCAAGCUCACCUACCUAUCCGUCCUCGACCGCUCCAAGUCCGCCGCGCAAUCCGCCCUCGAAGCCACUGGCGCUCUCUUCACGCGGGGCUAUCAGGGGAUAGAUUGGUUCAAUGUCAACCACAACCGGGAGGAGUACGAGCGUCCGGACUUGGUCGCGGGUUUGUACAGCUAUCCAUGGACUCGGCAGUCGUAUUGGUCCGAAAGCAGGAUUGCGAGGCAGCAUCGGUUGAAGCCAUUCCCGAGACACGAUUUACUGGGCGUCCUGGCAGAUUGGAGCUCAGAUAUUGAGCCUACUUGGAGGAAUAUCUUGAGCGCAAGGGAUCUACCUUGGUUGAAGGAGUAUGCUGUCCAAGGCCAGGGUCAAAGACGCAGGAUGGUCUUCCCAGCGUCAGGAAUUAUGUCCAUGGUUGUCGAGGCGGCAGGGCAGCUGCAUUUGAUGCGACGUGAGGGAGACGUUGCGGCGCCGGAGGCGAGCAAGUUUGAGGUCAAAAACCUGAGAGUGGAUGAGCAGUUGUGGUUGGAGGACGAAGACAAGGAGUACGAGGUGCUGCUCACCAUCCGACCUGGCGAUGACACUGGCCAGCCAGAUGCCUUCCGAAUCAGCUCGUUUGAGCAGAGUCGUGGAUGGCAAGAGCAUUGCACGGGUUUCGUCAGGGCUGACUCUGCCUCGCCUGUCCGUCGCCAGCCUCUCGGUUUAUCAAGGGCAAGGGACCAGUCCCAUUCCAAGACCGUGACUUUUGACGACGACGACGCUGUCUCCUCUGCCUCCUCCUUGGACGGACAGUCCGAUUCCGCAUCCGGCUCUUCAUCCCCCAAGCCAGCUUCUUCUUCGGCCUCGGACAGCGGCUUCAUGAACGUCGAAGUAGACGGGUCAGCAGGCCAAGCCCAAGGCUCAACAACCCCCGAGACACCUCCCUGCUCUGGUCACAGCACCUCCGCCUUCCCUUCCCUCGACAAGAAGAAGCUCGAACAAAAGCUUGAGCACGCCAAGUCCGGUACACAGCCGCACCAUAAUCUCGCGCUUCACUCAACCGAGACCAUCUACAGUCACCUCGCUUCUUCCGUCGGUGCUCAAUAUCCCAACGAAUUCAAGACUCUGACGGAGGUGACCGCGAAUGAAAACACCGCCGCGGCCAACUGUGUGGUGAGAGAAACCAAGACGGAGAUGCCGUUCCAGCAUGAGACCGGUUUCAAAAUUCACCCGGCAGUUUUGGACGAGUUGUUGCAGCUCCCCUUGCUGAGUUUGAGUGCCGGUGGUGGACAUGACAAGGCCACUGGAACGUCGUACUUGCCGGCAGCAAUCAGGCAUUUGACCAUCAAUUCACGGUUGAAGAGGAAGCCUGGUCAAACCUUCUGCGCUCAUUCUAACAUAGAGGACAGCAGCAGCAAGGGUGAUGAAACAAGUUUCAUGAUCGAAGCCUUUGCUUCCCCAGGCUCCGCGACCGCGGCCAUCUCGAUCGCUGGGUUGCAGUUUGAGACUCUGGAAGCCGCAAAGGAAGAAAGUGGUGGGCCGAGGGAGUUGUGUUUCCAGGUGAGAUGGGAGGAGUUGAAGCCUGAAAAGGGGACCGACGCCGAAAAGAACAAUAAUAACAAGGCCGAUAACAAUGCCAAGAAUAAAGAGUCCAAGGACAAGCACACUCAUAACAUAGCAGUCGUUACCGAAGCGCCCAACCCCAACGCAUCUCCACUGAUCAAAGCUGUCUAUAACCAGAUUGAGCAGCAGACGGGGAAGCAGCCACGGAUCUCUUCUUUGCAAAAGAUCACUGACUUUACCAACACCUCCUUCCUUGUUCUCUCCGAACUCGACGAGCCUCUCGUCAGCUCACUCACCAAUAAGAACUCAGCUGCAGAAAAACAACUGGAACAGAUUAAGAGGCUUUUGACCACAUCGCCGGGCCUGCUUUGGGUAACCCGCGGCGCAACCCGCUUCCCAACCUCCCCAAAUUCUAACAUGGCUCUGGGUCUGUUGAGGACGGCGAGGAGUGAAGCUUCAGCGGUUGCUGCCGCAUUGGAUUUGGAUCCUCAAUCGAGACUUUCUGCUGAGCAGCAGGCCAACCUGGUGCUCCAGGCGUUCAACCACUCUAUCCUCUCAUCCCCUUCUGUCGCAAACGACGAGAGCGAUCCUGAAAGCGCCGAACUGGAGUUUGCGGAGGAGCAGGGCAAGUUAUACGUCCCAAGGUUGGAACCUGAUCAGCAGCUCAACCUCGAAAUCUCCCGCGAACUCGGUCCUUCCAUCCCAUACACACAGUCUUUCCACCAAGACUCUCCCGAGCUCAACGGGCUGCGGCAACUAGAACUUGCCCCCAGUCAGGAACCCAAGGGUGAGUUGGAUAACCUCUACUUCGAAGACCGCCCCGAGACAGUCUUGAGAGACGACGAGGUAGAGAUCCUGGUGGCGGCAAGCGCAAUCACGCUUGAUGACGUCGACUACAUCCAGAAGGGCGCCUCCAACCGUCACAGCAUCGCGAGGGGCUGUUCUGGCACCGUCUCCCGUGUUGGUAAGGGGGUACAUGAGGUCGCUAUCGGCACCCACGUCUGUGCUCUAGCGGAAGGUCGGUUCGGCACGCACGCCCGAGCAAAGGUGACCAGCGUGGUGCCGAUGAGCAGCAGCUUGACCCCUGAGGUGGGCGCUGGGGUUCCUAUUUAUGUCGCUCGCGCGUACUACGCCCUGGUCACCAUCGCCCAUGUCAAGGAAGGCAAUAACCUGUUAAUUCAGCUGUCCGGGCCAUCGAGCGUCGCGGCAGUGGAGGUUGCCAAGACUUUGGGCGCCGAUACGUGGGUGUACGUCACCGGCGACGUCGAAACUGAAGCGGCACGGAAGUUGGGCUUUUCGGAAGAGAGGGUGUUGGACGAGCGAAGCAUCUACCUCCGACGAAAGCUGGAUGAAGCCACGGGUGGAAAAGGAUUUGAUGUGGUCUUGACCGUGUCGGGUGGCAGGAAUGAAGGCGAAAAUAAAGCGUGGCAAUGUCUGGCUGACUUUGGUCGGUUGAUCGAGAUCAGAGAAUCUGGGACGCAAAGCUCGAGGCCACAGUUGGGCGCCAAUGCAUCGUUUGUCAGUAUCGACAUGGUCAGCUUGGCCGAGGGCAGGCCGAAAUUGAUGCAAAAGACUCUAGUGGAUGUCAUGCAAAAGCUGGAGAAGGGGGUGUUCCAGCCGCCAACCAAGACGCAUGUUUACAAGGUGUCUGAACUACCCCGUGCGCUGGAGUGGGUGAGAGGGGCCGUGACGGUGCACCCUGUUAUGGUGGCCGCUGGAGGGAAAGAUCAAGUCAAGGCAACAUACCGCAAGUCGAGGGGUAUCUUCCGAAGAGACGGUACUCAUAUCAUCAUCGGUGGCACGGGCGGCCUCGGUCGAUCGAUGGCCAAGUACAUGGCUGAGCAUGGUGCCCAUAACAUUGUCCUGCUGUCGAGAAGUGGCGGAGGAAAGGAGAUGGUUGAGCAGCUGGAGAAGGAGAUUGGCUGCCCAGAUCUGAAUAUCCGGGUGACGAAGUGCGAUGCCAGCGAUGAAAGGCAAGUGCGCGAGUUGGUGAAAGACUGCGCGCGAGAUAUGCCGAGUAUUUGUGGCGUCAUCCACGCCGCCAUGGUUUUGAGGGACGUCCUCCUUGAAAGCAUGUCCUUCACCGACUUCAGCCAAGUCAUCCAACCCAAGUUCGCCGGCGCCUGGAACGUGCACAACGUGCUCUCCGACACGGGUGCCAACCUCGACUACUUUGUCGUUCUCUCCUCUGCCGCUGGCAUCCUCGGGUCUCGCGGCCAAGGCGCCUACGCAGCAGCCAAUACGUUCCUCGACUCCUUUGUGCAGUACCGGGUCCGCAACGGUCUCCCAGGCACCUCUCUCGACCUCACAGCCGUCACCGAUGCCGGGUACCUUGCCGAGAACGCUGAGCGACAGGAAGACAUCAUGCGCAACUUUGGCAACGAAACCGUUUCGGAGCAGGAAGUGCUCGCCUUGUUGUCUGCUGCGGUCCGCGGUGUCAGUCCGCCCCAAGUGCUCACCGGCCUCAAGCUACACCUCCAGUCUGAUGGGUCAUGGCCGUACUAUGCCUCGGACGCGCGCUUCAGUCAACUCAAAGCCGACUCUCUGGCAGCGGCUGAGCGUGAAGGCCUCGUUCCCAAGGCGGCAGCAUCACCGGGUAAUGCCUUCCGGGCAGCCAAGACGGACGAGGAAGCGAUUGCCAUUGCGGGCCAGGGCAUUCUCCAGAAGCUGUCGGAUGUGUUGACGAUUGACGUGGCGAACCUGGAUGCGACAAGGAACAUUACGAGUUAUGGCCUAGACUCCUUGACGGCGAUUGAGCUGCGGAACUGGAUUGCGAAGGAGUUGAGGGCGAACUUGCAGAUUUUGGAGUUGUUGAGCAGUGGGACGGUGAAUGAUUUGGCGGCGAUUAUUGUACAAAAGACGAGGGCCGGGACAUAG